AUAGUAUGGAAUACCCUCCUUCAAGGACAAAUGGAGAGCUUAACUUUCUUAAAGGUUCCCUAUUGCUUACUGAUGCAAUCGCAAAAGGACUUCAGACACUGGUAACUAACAUAGAAGAGGAAGACGUACAAUGGUCACAGAGCUACCACUUUCAAAAGCUUUGUAAUUUACUGUUGACUAGUACAAAUUCACCAGAUACUAAGCUACAGCAUGGUUUAACUAAACUUGCAGAUGUACGCAAACAAUUUUUUAAAUAUGUGUCACAACAGUCUAUGCUAGAUAAGGAGCUUGAGGCCAUAAAGGAGCAAAUUGUUACGACUUUUGAAGAACUAGAGCUUCCAUUAAGUGAUGUGUAUGAAAUUUAUAACAAGUCAAGUUUUAKAGAGGAUGAUGUGUUGACUGCCCAUGAGAAACUUAGUUUGGAGAGAAGAGACUUCUGUUUCCUUGGACMUAGUUGCCACCAUACCACCAUACAAAGAACUGUAGAAGUCAGUACAGUUUUGGAGCAGCUUAAUGAAUUAAGUCAAAGAAAUCAAAAUGGCAAUUCUACACUAUUUAUUGAUGGACAAUAUGGUUCUGGAAAGAGAGAAUUUGCAAAGCAAGUAGCUGAGGCUUUGAACAGAGUUGAUCAUAAGAAUAAACCAAUGCCAGUUAUGACCCUAAAUGCAGAAACAGAACAGACAUUGUUAUCUUCCUAUGUGAGUUUUGCCAAAGAACUGCUCUGCAACUUUACACAAAUUCAAAUGGCUGUGACUUCAAAAGGCUUACUACUUGAAGAGAGGUUAAGGCUUUUGARGCACAUCAUUGGAGACCAGUUAAAAACGUAUCCUUGCUGGGUUGUAGUUAUGGUCAAURUGAAUCAUUUUGAAUCACUCUUUGAGUUUUGGCCAAAACCUGGCAGUAAUGAUUGGGGUCAUGGCUAUCUUAUUGUUACAUUGCCUUCAAUAAAUGAUGUCAAAAGUUCUUCAUUGGAUUUUGCUGGUCAUGUGUCACUGUCMCAUGGUAUGCAGCCUUCACAAGCAAUUCAACUGCUGUCUGAGSUUUCAGGUAUCACAGAGGUGAAGUACUGUUUAGAGGUUGCUGAAAUAUUAGAGUUUCAACCAUUAUCAUUAUCUUGUGCUGCAGUGUUUGUCAGAAACCAGAUGGUGAAAAAUUUUGGCUCUCCUUGGAAAGUAUUUCUAGAGCUGUUYAGAGAAUACAAYGUCCUUUGUCAAGAUGUAGACAAGGAAGCAAUCCAAUCYAUUUACUCCCAGUCAUGUUCAACAGCAAUGAAUAUGCUUCURAURCAAGUCCUAUCAAGGAAUCAUGGGAUUUCAGACGUCAGCUAUCUCUUUACUCUGUUUCAGCCAUUUCACGUCGAGAAAGAAAUGCUUUCAAAUUGUCUGACAAAUAUCACAGACWCAAACAUAGUGGACUUUCUACAUGACAUAUCUCCAUUUUUGUCAAUAGAAAGAAAUGCAGAAUCAGAUUUGGUUUCAUUGCGCCAUCAUAUUCCAGAUGRCCAUAAAUCAGAAUUGGAUGAAACUCGAGUUGAAAUCUUUGCCUUGGCAGCUAUCUCACUAGCACAUAAGUUUUCAAGCCUGAAAAAUGUUCGAAGUAUUCUUAGUGACUGUAUUUAUAGCGUUUGCUGUCGAGCUAAUUUGGUAGCAGGAAAGAUACGAGGCUUGUCUGACGACUUACGUGAAGCAUUUAUCAACCAUCUCAUUAAAUGUACAACUGCAGAUAACGAUGCUGUGGACAUCUUGAUGAAACUCWCAGACCAGUGUCAUUACUUGCAGGCACCAGARCGCUCCAAAACUUUGUUAUCAAUAGCAAAGAGUGUUCUAGAGAAAGAACAAGUUCUUGAUGCAGGACGUUUUGUGCGUGUACUUCAUGGUCUUGGAGUUGUGUCAUGCGACAUCGGAAGUGACGACGCAAAGGAAUAUCUUGAUAAAUCGUUAGAGUUUUAUUGCCAAGAUAAAGRCGUUUCUCACGAGAAGGUAGCAGAUGUACUCUUAGCCCUUGGUGAUGUUGCAGUUGCUUCAGAUGAUCUUGCUAAUGCAAAGGCGUUUUACARGAAGGCUCUGAAAACUAGCUCAACACUUGGGMGAAACAUGGGCGUUCCCCUGUCGUGGUACAAGGUAGGAAACGUACUCGCAAUCGAAGGGUCAUUCCAGCUUGCAAAGGAGCACUACGAGGAAGCUUUGAAACUAAUGGAUGAUGUCGACUUYGUUAAUCUUACAAAGRCUCUUACCUGUGUAGGAGCGAUGUCAAURUGYGUUGAUGAAUAUCACCUYGCAAAGGAGUACCUCGCCAAAGCCAUGGCAAUUGAACAAAGACUUUACAGUAGAUAUCACCCUUACAGACUGAGUAGCAUCAAGAACGCUGCUAACGCAUGUAAAGCUCUGGGCGACCUUGAUUYUGCGGAGCGACUACUACAAGAAUCCAUUGCAAUCUCACAGAACAUCACUUGCCAAUGGAAUGCUGAUGUUGCUCAAGUCUUCUCACAACUAGGCUCACUGCGRACUGUACAAGAAGAUUGGGAAUCAGCUAUUGAGUUUUAUGGUACUGCUUUAGAAAUCCAAGAAAAUAUCCUUCAAUGUCACCUUGACCCCGUCAUUGCUGAUAGAUGCUGUGAUCUGGGUCUUGUCUAUGCAAAAAGUGGGCAAUUGGAAAUAGCCAAAUCAUUCCAUGAGCGCGCGUUAGGAAUUCGUGGACUGUUGUUCCAAGGAGACCACCCUGACAUWGGAACAUCGUAUUUUCAACUAGGGAAGGUGUACAACAAACUUGGUGACCACCAAACUGCAUCAAGUUUGCUUGAGCGAGCUGUUGAAAUCCGKGGAAAAGUCUUUGGCCCUCAACAUCCAGAAACUCUUGACUCCCUCUACUAUCUUGGCCAUUCGUUUGCUCGACUUGGUCGCCUGAAAAACGCAAGGACUUUGUAUCAAAGUGUAGCAGAAGGACAAGUUAAACUCAAAGGAUCCAACUCURYUGCCCUCGCCAAGACGUCUGAAAGUUUAGGAGAGGUUAAUCUUGGUCUUGGCGAGAUAGAAUUUGCCAAACARCAAUUCAAACGUGCAAUUGAAAUUCAGAAGUGCGUAACGGGACCUGAUCACCCAGAAGUAGCCAGACCGCUGGUCAGACUUGCUCUUGUCCAUGAACACUGCAAAGAGAUGAAGGAAGCAAAAACUCUGCUUGAAAUUGCAUUGGCAAUUUAUCGAAAAAACAUCAAUAAGAUCGCUCGUUCACAUGUGAUCGUGACGGAGGCGCACCUUAAGAGAGUUCUUUUAAAACUACCACAAAACAGAUGUAUUCUCAUGUAAACUAUAGAGCUGAUUACUUACAAGAAAACUGAUUUAUAAAAUCACACUGUGUGCGGACAUUGGAAUAAAUGCUGAAGUAUAUUUUUGGGAGAUUAAAAAAGCAAUGUGUAUAAUUAGAUUUACUUACUCUAGAUUUAAUAUGAAAAAUUGGUUACUUGAUGAAUGAAUAUAGAGUAUAUUAAAAUAGAAAUGGAAUAAAUCUGUGAGAUGUUCUAUCAUUAUGGAUGUAAGACAGGUAUUAGAUUCAGUAUAAAUGUUAUAAAAAUGAAUUAUAUUGAAAAUAAAUUCCUGGACUAUCAAAAACA